AUGAUCAUAUCACUGUUAGACUUAUAUUUUUAUAGACUAUCAAAGAAUUUACAAAUAAAUUCAAACAUAAAUUUGCCGGAUUUCAUUGAUUGGCGUACAAAAGGUGCUGUAACACCAGUUAAAAAUCAAGGUCAAUGUGGAUCAUCUUGGGCAUUUUCAGCAAUUGGUUCAAUUGAAGGUGUAUAUGCAAUUAAGACUGGCAAACUUAUUCCACUUUCUGAACAACAAUUAGUUGAUUGUUCAACUACGUAUGGAAAUAUGGGCUGUGGGGGUGGAUUGAUGAGUACAUCUUUUCAAUAUAUUCAAGAUGCUGGUGGUCUUCAAGCUAACAAUACUUAUCCAUAUAAUGCACUUGAUAAUAACUGUACAUUUGAUAAAUCAAAGGCUAUUGUUGAAUUGUGCGGCUAUGUAAACAUUACAUCAGGAAGUGAAGCAGCUCUUCAACAAGCAGUAGCUACAAUUGGACCCGUAGCAACUGCUGUUGAUGGUGGUCAUACAUCAUUUCAACUUUACGACGGUGGUAUUUAUCAUGAACCAGACCGUUCACAUACUCAACCCGAUCAUGGUAUAUUUGUCAUUGGUUAUGGUAGCGAGUCGGGUAAAGAUUAUUGGCUUUUGAAAAAUAGUUUCGACACCACUUGGGGAGAAAAAGGUUAUAUAAUAAUGAUACGUAAUAAAAAUAAUCAAUGUGCAAUUGCUUCAAUCGCUAGCUUUCCCAUUAUUUGUUAA